AUGGGCAAGAUUGUUUUUUACGAGGACAAAAAUUUUCAAGGUCGUAGUUAUGAGUGCAGCAAUGACUGCACAGACCUUCACACUAUCUUCGGUCGGUGUAACUCCAUCAGAGUGGAAAGCGGCUGUUUCAUGGUAUAUGAGCGUCCCAAUUAUAUGGGCCACCAGUAUUAUAUGAAGAGAGGCGAGUAUCCUGAAUACCAGAGAUGGAAUGGCUUCAGUAGCACUAUUCGAUCCUGUCGCAUGAUUCCAGCGUACAGAGGAUCAUAUAGACUGAGGAUCUAUGAGAAGGCAGACUGCGGAGGUCACAUGAUGGAAUUCACAGAUGACUGCCCCUGUGUGUCUGAUCGUUUUCACCAUCGGCAUGUGUACUCCUGUAAUGUGAUGAAUGGCUACUGGAUCUUCUAUGAAUAUCCAAACCACAGAGGAAGGCAGUACUUUCUGAAACCCGGAGAAUACAGGAGAUACCGCGACUGGUGUGCUACCUGUGCCAUUGUGGGCUCCUUCAGACGAGUCGCCGAUUAUUAG